UAACACUGAGUGAAUUUCACCUGGAUGUACUGAUGAGCUUUUGGUGGUUGGAGGUCAAAGGUCAAGAUCACUCUGCCCUCACAUACUUGUGAUUGUGCUAUAUCAGGAACACUCAGAGGGAAUUUCAUUACAUCCAGCACAAACAUUCACUUGGAAAUAGGUCAAAGGUCACUGUGACCCAGCCUCGGGAGCACAAUACUUCACCAUUCACGAGAUGAGAAAAACUGUAUUAACAGGAGUCGUGCAUUAGUUGUGAAAGACAUGAGUCUGGUGUUCAGACGUGUGGACUCUCACCUCAGACCUGAGCUGGAUAAUAAAAUCAUAAAGGUUUGAGCUUUGACUCUUAGACUCUGGAUCUGCUUUUGGUUUGUAGCUGUUUCCAUCAGAGCCGGUGAGCAAGAGAGGAAGUGUGAAUGGAGUUACAGUAUUUCAACACUGCUCUUACAGUAAUUGACAUGUUUGCAGUCAGAGAAUCUCUGGCUGUUUCUCAGUCAUCUUAAGAUUCCUGCUGUUUCCUCUGCUUGAACCAGCUGCAACGUCUGGAGGAUAUUUCCACACUAAAUGACUUCCACUUACAGAAAGAGCGCUGCAGGUGCAGCGGACUCGGAGGACGGGUGCGUCUCUGUGAAUUUAGUGGACAGCAGUGCCGCCCAGCCUCUGCUGCCGCCCGGCCUGAGGCGGUGGCAGCGGCGUGUGACGGCGGCUCAGACCCUGCUCCUCCUGCUGGUGUGCCUGGCGUUGUGUGGCAUGGCCAUAGAAGCCUGCUUCAUCUUCCGUCUCUACCGACACGAGUCUCCCGCCGCAGCAUCGUCCUCGAAGCUCAUCGGAGGUCAGGAUGUUACUUCUCCCACUAAACGACCCAGUUAUGAUAUUCGUCCGUCCAAACCAGUCGCACAUCUGACAGAUGGACCAGACGCAGCUCACGGACCACAGAUCAUGGCCUGGAGCGUGGAUGCAGACCCUCUCCUCUAUGAAAUGGACUACAAAGACAGCAAGCUUCUCAUUAAGAAGGAGGGUUAUUACUAUGUCUAUUCAAAGGUUUACUUCUUAGACAGCGGCGUGUUUCACCAUUCUGUCCACCUGCUCACCACCAUAUACAGUGGAGGGAGCAUUACCCUCCUGCAGUCCAGGAAGUACUCCCCAGCGUCUGGAAAGACACGGUCCAACAGUUACCUGGGUGGAGUGUUUCACCUGUACAGAGACGAUGCUCUUUACGUGAAGGUCAGCAACACCACAAAGAUUGAGAGACACAAAGCCUUUGAGAACGUGUUUGGAGCAUAUAUGAUAUAAAUACCACACUGAUCAUCAUCACUGUGAAUCUGGACGUUUGGAGGAAGAAGAAAACGUCUUCUGGAGGAUGAACGAUAAAACCAGGUGCACAAGCAGAAAGAGCAGCAGCUGUGAUGAAGCUCAGGAAAAUCUGAAUGUUACCGAUCGAUUGCUGAGAGCUGAAACAGGUUAUUAUAUCUAUUUAAAGAACAUUUCAUAUUCCAGCCUCUGAUGUGAGGACUUGCUGAUUCUUCCUUUAAUCAUUUUGACUAUUUUAAUUGGACGCUGGCCGGAUGAUACAAGCACUGUGAAGGUCUCUGUGUCCUGUGUACUUUCACAAACCAAUCAAUCAAUCAGUUGAGACUGUAAUCAGGAGAUUAUUCUAUGAUGAUAAUGUCUAUGGGCAGUUCCUGUUUAAUAAACACUCAAAUCAAAACACGUCUGUCUGGAUUUUAUGUGGGAACUCGACCAAUCAGAGUCUGUUUCAGGCUGAGAGCAACCGAAGAAAGUCAAAAGACAAAAUACGACAGAAUUCAACAAGGAAACAGAUCGAGUGAACAGAAAGGAGGAGAAAUCCAACUGAUAAAUGCAUGUAAAGAAUGAAAUCUAUCUACUAAUAAAAUCAAACCAGGUAAAUCAGCACCUGGGCACCAGACCAGCUGAUGGAGCAGAGCCAGAGAGCUCUGUGAUCCAGCACCUCAGAGAUGGAGGUGAUGUUAUCGCGUGGGUUGGGCCAGGUUCCUUCCUGUGGUUCAAACAUCACGUUCACACCAUCUCAUGCUUGAGAAUGACUUCCCUCCGGUUCUUCUUCUUCGUUGCUUUUCAAAGUGUUUUUCACGUGUCCAGCUGGUGGAGGUCUCAGAGCAGCAGGAGCUGUUGGAGAUGUGCACCGUGACGUUAGUGGUCUUUAAAGGUGCUGGAGCUCAUGGCUUUAACUGCAUUUAGAACCUAAUAUUUGAAUGCACUGCAUUUUAUUCUCCUCAUUUCAUUUGACUGUGAUCUGUCUGUUGUUUUAAGUGUAAAAGCAACAUGAGGGCAAACGUUCUGUACAAUAAAAUGAUUCCAGCCUGAA